UGUAAUUUUUCUUGAGACCUCUUUUCCCUAUCCUACCUUAUGUCAACCGUCAUCUAAAGCCUCCCUACCCGCGGCUUUUCCGUCACGGACACUCACUCCCACCACCACCUCACAGCCGAACAUAACUCCAACACCACCACUCCAACUUUUAGCCGACCCACCACUGGCCGAUACUCCCAGCAACUCCCUGCACCUUCCGUCCUCUUACAGUACCUCACCUCAGCCAAAUUCACCUAUUUCACCGGCUGCCACCCCUGUAACCAGCCCACGGACCAACACUCCUGAGCCAAAUUCACCUGCUUCAUCUGAAACCAGCUCAAACGCAACCUCCCAGCAACCUCCGCCAGCGGAUAACAGCGUUACGCACUUACGCCACCGGCCUCCCUUUCCCAGACUGCCCGUGCUGACCCCGUGGCUCCUAAUGUCCAUCCCAUGCGCACGAGAGCUAAAGAUGGUAAUUUUAAACCCAAAACUAUUUUUAAUAAUUUAAACACUUUAGCUCUCCCUAAUGAUUCCCACUUGUUUUUCUCAAGCAAACAAAAAUUUAAUCUGGCGAGCAGGGGCGUGUCUAGAAAUUUGAGAUGUCCUGGGCUGAAUAGGGAUAAUACAAGGCUUAAAUAUUAUAGGGGUGGGCUAAAUGUAAAAAAUGAAAAAAAUUACACUAAAAAAAUUGAACUUUUUUAAAGUUGCCCCGGGCUUCAGCCUACCAUAGCCGUACAUAGAUCCUCCCCUGCUGGCGGGCAACUAUGACAGAUGAAUUUAAUGCUCUAAUUACCAAUCAUGCUCGGGAUUUUGUACCUAGUGAUAAAACAAAAAAUGUGGUUGGUUGUAAAUGGAUAUACAAAACUAAGUAUCGUUCAGAUGGGUCUGUUGAGCGUCACAAAGCUCGUUUGGUAGCUCAAGGCUUUAACCAACAAGAUGGAGUGGAUUUUUCUGAGACUUUCAGUCCAGUGGUCAAACCCACCAUAGUCCGUCUUGUUCUAUCCGUCGUUGUUUCUUUGGGUUGGACGAUUCGGCAAUUAGAUGUGAAAAACGUCUUUCUCCAUGGUCAAUUGACUGAAAAGGUGUACAUGUGCCAACCCCCAAGUUCUAUUCAUCCCACUUAUCCUUCUCAUAUUUGUCAUCUUCGAAAGGCUCUAUAUGGCUUGAAACAGGCUCCCAGAGCUUGGUUUCAUCGGUUUAGCGGAUUUUUACUCUCUUACGGCUUCUCUCAGAGUCAGUUUGAUUGUCCAUGUUUACUUAUCACUCCCAGGCCAGUGUUAUUUAUAUUCUUCUAUAUGUGGAUGAUAUUCUCAUUACUGGUAGUUCCUUGUCUCCGAUCACUCAAUUUAUUAAUUUAUUAUCGAGCGAGUUUGUCACGAAAGAUCUGGGGGAUAUUCAUUAUAUUUUAGGCAUUCGGGCUCGACGCACCUCAAAAGGUAAGUUUCUAUCUCAGCAAAAAUAUGUGUCUGACCUUUUGCAUCACAUCUCACACUACUUUGUCACUUACAGAUGGGGAUCUUUUUAGUGAUGGUACUGAGUAUCGUAGUAUGGUAGGUGCAUUACAAUACCUGACUAUUACCUACCCUGAUAUUACUUAUGCCUUACAUUUGGUUUCUGAAUUUAUGCAUGCUCCACGUACUACUCACCUUGCUCCUGUCAAGAGAAUUUAGAGAUAUUUGUAGGGCACCAUAUCUCACGGUCUCUGGCUUCGAACCGGCCAAAGCAUUUCUGUUAUAGUAAUUGUCCUAUAUAGGACUAAAAAUAAACUUAAAUUCACAAAUAAGACAUUAUCCUUUUUAUUCCCUAAAUAGGACUCGGGAUUACCAUUAUACCCUCUUAUAUAAUUUUAUAUAAAUAAAGGGACACCCUAGGAAUUAAUCGCAACACUCUUCUCUCUCGAUCGACUCUCCCAUGGCUGAUUUGCAUGCGCUCUCUGGAUAUCCCUCUGCCGCUCCUAUUCAUCGCAGCCGCACUCCUCUCCUCUUCUCUUCUCUGCCUCUUCCUCUCCAGUUACUACUGGAGUUCUCCAUUAGGAGAGAGAUAGAGUGAGAUGGGGAAAUGGUGGGGUAGGGAGAAAAAAAAGAUGGGGUUUAAUUAUGUUUUUUAAGGAGAGAGAUAGAGUGAAAAAGAAAUGGAGAGAGUAAAUGGAGAGAAGGAAAUGGAGAGGAGUAUGACUCCUUCCUGUGUGCCGCUGCUGCCCAUCUUUCCCUGCCUCUUUCACAAGCGAUAGUGAGGUCAGAGGGUGGCGGCAGACGACAGUGACGCCGGAGGGAAGCGUUGGGCGGCAUUGACGCCGGAGUGAGGCAAUGGGCGACAGUGAAGCUGGAGGGCAAUGACAGUUUUGGCACACAGGAGCGACAGAAAAAAAGGAUGACACCCCAUCCCUGAGGGCCCCCAACACCGACCGAAUGGCACGAUGGGAGGAUGUAAAUUGGACUAUAAUCACAAUCUGACAGGAGCGACAAUAUGUUGACUGGGCUGGAUGUCCGGAUUCGUGCUGCUCCACUACAGGCUACGCCAUGUUCAUUGGCGGUAAUCUCCUCUCGUAGAAAUCCAAAAAUCAGCCCAUCGUGUCUAAAUCUUCUACAGAGGCCGAAUAUAGAGCAGUGGCAUAUACAGUCCAGGACACAUUUUUUAUUCGGUCAUUACUCGUUGUUAUUCGGUCAUUACUCGUUGAUAUGGGUAUAUGGAUCACCGCAUCAGUUCAACUUUUUGUGACAAUGUUUCAGCCUCUUAUCUUGCAGUUAAUCUUAUUCAGUAUGACCGCAACAAGCACAUCAAGAUUGAUUACCAUUUUGUUCGAGAACAUGUAGCGCAUGGGGACUUGACUGUGAAAUAUGUUCCUACUCGAGAUCAGUUAGCAGACAUAUUUACUAAAAAUUUAUCUAGUCAGCGUUUUCAGUUUUUGCGUUCCAAUCUGCACGUGAUUUCCCCUGCACAGAUUGAGGGGGUGUAAUAGUGUAAUUAUAAAGACUUGUGUGUAAUUACUCUUCAUAUUAUUAUUAUUA